UUUUUUUUUAUUUUUUUGUUUAUUUUUUUAUUUUAAAUAUUAUAUUAUAAUACUAUGAUAUCUUAAUGUUAUAUUUAUUAAUAAAAAUCUUCAUAUUCAUAAUUGAUCCAUAUUUUUGACACGAUUAUAAGUUUUUUGCAUAGUUAAGAUUAUAUUUGAUAAGUUUAUGUAAAUAGUUAUAUUGAAAACUCUUCUCUAAAUGACUUUUUCAUUGAAAAUAUUAUAUUAGAAAAAUAAUAAAAUUUUAAUAAUAUAUUAAUUGUAUUUGUAUUUUAUAUAAAAAAUCAAAUUCAAAACAGAAUUAUUUGUUUAUCUUAUAUUUUUUAUAUUAAGUAUUACAUAUAUUUAAAUUUUAAUAAAUUAUAGACCAAAUAUUAAUAUUUUAUAUUAAAUUUCAUAUUUUAUUUUCAUAUUAAUAUUUCAUAUAAAAUAUAUUAUUAUAUAAUUUAAAAAUAUUUAAAUUAGUUUACAAUAAUAAUCAUGUAAUAUUUUUAUUUUAAAUUAAAAAAAUGUAAUAUUUUUAAAAAAUAUAAAUAUUUUAUAAAAAAUAAAAUGUUUAAAGAUAUUUAUUUUUACAAAAAAGUAUAAUUUAGAAAUUUAGAAAUAAAAAAUAACUAAUGAAAAAUAAGAAAUAAGAUAAUUAAAUUGUUUAAUAUUUAAAUAAUACUCAAGUAAUAUUUAAAUAUAUGAAUAUUGAAUAAUACAUAAAGUAAUACAUAAUAAAAAUAUUGAUGACGAUAAUAUACAUUAAUAUACAAUAAUAAAUAUAUUUUUAUUGUAUAUAUUAUCAAAUAUAAUUUUUAAUAAUCAACUUGAUUUAAUCUUAAAUCUAUAUCUUUAAACGAUACUUGAAUAAUGAUAAUAUGUGUGAAGUUAGCUAUUAGAAGUUGGUAAUCACAGCAGAAAAAUAAAAAGUAACCAUUUUUCAUAUAAUAAGACUGUUUACUAUUAAGGAAAUCGUUAUUUUCGUUUUUUAUAAUCAUUAUUUUAUGUUAUGAAAUAUCUAUGAAUUAUAUUUAAUGCUAUUUAUAAGUCAACAAGAAGACUAAUGUUUUUAUUACAGUUCAUAAAGUUAUAUCUACUAUAUUUAUGAUUCAUCAAAUAAUGUAAAAUAACCUCGAUAUGAAAUUUGACAUUUGACGACAUAUUUAACGUCAAAAUAAUUAAUCAAUCACUUUUUACAGAAGGAAAGUUAUCAGAAUCAGUUUUAAUUAAUUAAAACUUUAACUAAGUUUAACAUUAUUAAUUCAAAAUGAAGAAAAAGGUUUUGUUGAUGGGUAAAAGUGGUUCAGGAAAAACCAGUAUGCGUAGUAUAAUUUUUGCUAAUUAUAUUGCUCGUGAUACUCGUCGUUUGGGAGCAACAAUUGAUGUAGAACAUAGUCAUGUUCGAUUUCUUGGUAAUUUGGUAUUAAAUCUUUGGGAUUGUGGUGGUCAAGAAGCAUUUAUGGAAAAUUAUUUUGCAUCACAACGUGAUAAUAUAUUUAGAAAUGUAGAAGUUCUGAUCUAUGUUUUUGAUGUAGAAUCCAGAGAAUUAGAUAAAGACAUGCAUUAUUAUCAGAGUUGCUUAGAAGCAAUAUUACAAAAUAGUCCAGAAGCAAAAAUAUUCUGUUUAGUACAUAAAAUGGAUUUAGUACAAGAGGAUCAAAGAGAUUUGAUAUUUAGAGAAAGAGAAGAAGAUUUGAAAAGACUUAGUUUGCCUCUUGAAUGUACUUGUUUCAGAACUAGUAUAUGGGAUGAAACAUUAUAUAGAGCAUGGUCUUCAAUCGUAUAUAUGUUAAUUCCAAAUGUGAAAGAACUUGAACAAAGUUUGAAACAAUUUACAAAUAUUAUUGAUGCUGAUGAAGUACUUUUAUUUGAAAGAGCAACAUUUUUAGUGAUUAGUUAUUGUCAAAGACAACAUCAUAGAGACGUACAUCGAUUUGAAAAAGUAUCUAAUAUAAUAAAACAGUUCAAAUUGAGUUGCAGUAAACUGGCAGCACAGUUUCAGAGCAUGGAAGUUAGAAAUACAAAUUUUGCGGCUUUUAUCGAUGUAUUUACGUCGAAUACAUAUGUAAUGGUUAUUAUGUCGGAUCCUGCUAUUCCAUCAGCAGCAACAUUAAUCAAUAUUCGUAAUGCCCGAAAACAUUUCGAGAAACUAGAACGUGCUAGUCAAAGUUCAGCAUUAAGUAGAUAGAAAUCAGCUCGACCCAGGCGCGUUGUCACCCGGGUCCAAGCUGUUAAUCAUUAUUGAAUCUAAGAGUCAUUUUAAAAGAGAAUCAUCAAAAUAAAGGUGAAAAAAAUAAGAAUUUUUUUCUUUUUGUUAAUUAAAAUAAUUUUGUUAAUGAAUAAAUAAUUUCAACCAUUAUAAUAAAUGUUAUUCUUAAAGAAUGAUAUUCUUUGAUAAAAAAUAUUUUAAAUUAUUCAUAUUUUAUUUUAUAUAAAAAUUAAUAAAGAAAUAUUUAAAAAUUUUGGCACAUAUGUAUAUUAAUAAAUAAAUAUAAAUAAAUAUAUGCCAUUACUAUAUUAAGUGAAAUAUAUUGUUAUUCACUUACAAUAAAUAAUCUCUUGGCUCUUAGAUAAAACAUGGUUUUCUAGAUUAAGCAUUUUCCUGAUUUUAUAAUAUUACGUAUAGCGUUCUUAAAUUUCUGUAUAGCAAAUCUGGCCUGUUAUAAAAACAUAUAUUUUUUUAAAUUAUAUUAUAUGUUUUAAUACAAUAGUGUAUAUACUUAUUAUAACUAACCAUGUCAUUAUAACAAUUAAUAAAUAAUUGUCUUUCAAUUUAAAUGAUAGUGUUAAAUUAUGUUAUAUUUUGUAUAAAAUUUUGAUCAGUAUUUUUUGAUAUAAAAUGAUAUUAAACUUGCUUGAAUUUUUUUAUAGCUGUAUUUAUGGAAAAAUAAUAAAAGAAAGGGAAUAAUAAAGUCUUA